AUGGAAUUGGCUGUAUUGUUUCUGCCCUGUAUAAAGAGUACUGAGCUGGUCACUGGCUGAGAGUAUUUUAAACUCCAAUGAUGGAGAAGAUUGUGUUCUUCGAGGACCGGGACUUCCAGGGAAAGUCCUAUGACUGCAAAGGCGACUCGGCCGACCUGCACGGCUUCGUUCGCCGGUGCAACUCGGUCAAGGUGGAAGGAGGCUGGUGGGUUCUGUACGAGCGGAACAGCUACACAGGAUACCAGUAUGUCAUCGGCCCCGGGGAAUACAACGAGUACCGUCGCUGGAUGGGCUUCAACGACUGCGUCAGGUCCUGCAGGAUCAUCAAGAACGCGAAGGGGCCGCACAAGCUGAAGCUGUUCGACCGGCCCAACUUCGGCGGUCAGUCUCUGGAGCUGUCGGAAAACAUGAAGGCCAUGCAGGAGAAGUGGACGAGGCAAGAAGUCCAGUCCUGUAAAGUCCUGGACGGCUCCUGGGUCUUCUUUGAACAUCCCAACUUCUGUGGUCGUCAGUACCUGCUGGAGAAAGGCGAGUACAAGCACCACUCGGAGUGGGGAGCUCUGAAAGCAGCUGUGGGCUCCAUCAGAAGAAUGACGGAGAAAUGAGGCUCAUUGUGAAGCCAUUGAAUAAAUGUCUUUGAUGCAACUCUCAUUUGUGCCUGAUAAAUUCAAUCAAUAAAUUAUGUUUUGGCAAA